GUGCUAUCUGUGGCUGUGUACAACCACUAUAAAAGAAUCUAUCAUGCAUCUUUGCCGAAAGCAUCUGGAGCUGAUUCAGGGAAUUUUGAGGCUGAAAAUGAUGAUGAUAAUGUAGAGUUAGAGAAAAGCAAUGUGCUCUUGAUGGGCCCUACUGGCUCAGGAAAGACAUUACUUGCAAAAACAUUAGCUCGCUUUGUGAAUGUACCAAUUGUUAUAGCAGAUGCAACAACACUGACACAGGCAGGCUAUGUUGGAGAGGAUGUUGAAUCAAUAUUGUACAAGUUGCUUAUGGUUGCUGAGUUCAACGUGCAAGCAGCUCAACAGGGAAUAGUAUACAUUGAUGAAGUUGAUAAAAUAACUAAGAAGGCUGAGAGCCUAAAUAUUAGUAGAGAUGUAUCUGGUGAAGGUGUUCAGCAGGCAUUAUUGAAAAUGCUAGAAGGAACUAUAGUCAACGUUCCAGAGAAGGGAGCUCGGAAGCACCCUCGUGGUGACAAUAUACAGAUAGACACAAAAGAUAUUCUAUUUAUAUGUGGUGGUGCCUUUAUUGAUUUGGAAAAGACAAUUUCUGAAAGACGACAAGAUUCUUCUAUGGGUUUUGGAGCGCCAGUACGUGCAAACAUGAGAACUGGUGGGUUAACAAAUGCUGUAGUGACAUCAUCCUUGUUGGAAUCAGUUGAAAGUAGUGAUCUUAUAGCAUAUGGACUCAUUCCAGAAUUUAUUGGACGCUUUCCAGUCUUGGUUAGUUUGUCAGCACUGAGUGAGGACCAACUUGUUCGGGUCUUGAUGGAGCCAAAGAAUGCUGUUGGUAAACAAUUCAAGAAAUUAUUUAGCAUGAACAGUGUUAAGCUGCAUUUUACAGACACUGCACUAAGGCUGAUUGCUAAAAAAGCAUUGGCCAAGAAUACUGGUGCGCGAGGUUUAAGAGCAAUAUUGGAAAAUAUUCUUAUAGAUGCCAUGUAUGAGAUUCCAGAUCUAAAGACAGGUGAUGAGCGAAUAGAUGCGGUAGUGGUGGAUGAAGAAGCUGUCGGCUCUGUUGACCGACCAGGUUGUGGAGCUAAAAUUCUUCGUGGGGAUGGAGCUUUGGAACACUACCUUAAAGAAAACAAGAUAAAGGAUCGAACGGCAAUGACUGAUGGGUCAGGAGGUGAAUUGGAAGGAGAAUCUGAACUCUCGUCUAGAGCCAUGAGCAUGUAAUAUCUAGCAGACUGUGUAUUGUAAAAUCUCCAUUUAUAUCGAUGUAAUUAUCAUCCUUGUAUAUGAAGUUUACUCUUUAAUUAGUGAUAUUUCAUGCUAAUUUAAGCAUCAGUACAUUGUCCAAGUCAUCAUUUUUUUGGAAUCUCUAUUCUUUGUUGUCAAACUAGAGAUCAUAAGACAAUGUAGGUGAAGUUAGUUAUGUGAUCUGGUUCUUGGAAAUGUUUCAUUC